AUCGAAGUAUUCAGAUCAUAUCAAAUCAUACAUACCUUGGCCCCCAAAACGUCACCGGUGAUCAGUAAACACCACCACCGCCACAAAUAAUGGCCGGCGUAACAAUCGCCGCCGAAUGGCAACUUCUCGGAGACAAAUACUACCGGAAACCCACACUCUACACACUCCAAUGGCCCAAAUCCAUCGAUCUAACUCGCAACAAAGUCGCCUGCGCCCCAUUUUCCGGCCCAAUCGCCAUCAUUCGUGACGAUUCCAAAAUUGUCCAACUUUACGCCGAAUCCGCUCUCCGAAAACUCCGUAUCUUCAAUUCGGCAGGCCGCCUUAUCUCCGAAACAGUCUGGCGAAACCCAGGUGGCCGUCUGAUCGGUUUAUCUUGGACAGAUGAACAUAUACUUGUCUGCAUUACUCAAAACGGUACGGUUUUUCGAUACGAUAUACACGCGAAUUUAAUCGAGCCGAAUAUUAGCUUAGGACCUGAUUGUUUUGAACAUGAUGUUGUUGAAUGUGUGUUUUGGGGUAAUGGGUUUGUUUGUAUGAAUGAAAAAUUCGAUCUUUUUUGUGUUUCGGAUUUGAAAAAUGAGAACCCGAAAGUUGUUAAGUUGGCCGAGACCGGUUUGGAUGAGUUUCCGUUGUGUAUGACUGUAAUCGAACCGCAGUAUACGAUGUCGGGGAAUGUAGAGGUUUUGGUUGCAGUUGGUGAUCAUGUUUUGGUUGUUGAAGAGGAUGGGGUGCAAAGUGUUGGAGACGGGUUGGGACCGAUUCAAAAGAUGGUUGUUUCGUGUAAUGGGAAGUUGUUGGCUUGUUUUACUCAUGAUGGGCAGCUUCUUGUUAUGCCUACGGAUUUUUCGAGUAUGAUUUUUGAGUAUGCCUGUGAGUCUGCCCUGGCUCCAGAACAACUUGGUUGGUGUGGAAUGGACAGUGUAUUACUAUAUUGGGAUGAAAUGCUUAUGAUGGUUGGUCCCUAUGGAGAUCCUGUUCGCUACCUUUAUGAUGAAUCAAUUAUCAUUAUCCCAGAAUGUGACGGAGCAAGAAUACUAUCAAACUCAACCAUGGAGUUUCUACAACGGGUCCCAUCUUCCACGGAAUCCAUCUUCAAGAUUGGGAGCACAGAACCAGCAGCGUUAUUGUAUGAUGCAUUGGAUCAUUUUGACCGCCGCAGCGCAAAGGCUGAUGAAAAUUUGAGAUUGAUACGCGACUCGUUGCCAGAAGCUGUUGAAGCAUGUGUUGAUGCUGCAGGUCAUGAAUUUGAUCCAUCACUACAACAGUCGCUGCUAAGGGCUGCAAGCUAUGGACAAGCAUUCUGUAGCCAAUUUCAACGUGAGAGCAUUCAGGAGAUGAGUAAAACAUUGCGGGUCUUAAAUGCUGUACGCAGUCUGGAGAUCGGAAUUCCACUCAGUAUACAGCAAUACAAGUUGCUUACACCAUCAGUUUUGAUUGGUCGGUUGGUCAAUGCUCACCAACAUCUGCUGGCACUCAGGAUAUCAGAUUACCUUGGAAUGAACCAAGAAGUGGUUAUCAUGCACUGGGCUUGUUCAAAAAUAACAGUAUCAUCAGCUAUACCUGAUGCUACUCUCCUUGAAAUUUUACUAGAUAAGUUAAAACUGUCCAGAAGCAUUUCUUAUGCUGCAGUUGCUGCUCAUGCAGAUCAGACUGGUCGUCGAAAAUUAGCUGCUAUGCUAGUUGAACAUGAGCCUCUUUCCUCAAAGCAGGUUCCUCUAUUAUUAGGCAUAGGGGAAGAAGAUACGGCCCUGACAAAGGCAACUGAAAGUGGUGAUACCGAUCUUGUCUAUCUUGUUUUAUUUCACAUAUGGCAGAAGAGACCCGCACUGGAGUUAUUUGGAAUGAUACAAGCUAGACCACUUGCACGUGACUUAUUUAUACGCUAUACAAGGUGCUAUAAGCAUGAGUUUUUGAAGGAUUUCUUUCUAUCUACUGGUCAGCUUCAUGAUGUUGCCUAUUUAUUGUGGAAGGAGUCCUGGGAAAUAGCAAAGAAUCCAAUGGCAAGUAGAGGAUCGCCACUUCAUGGUCCACGUGUAAAACUCAUUGAAAAAGCUCAAAAUCUUUUUGCUGAGACAAAGGAGCAUGUUUUUGAGUCAAAGGCUGCUGAAGAGCAUGCAAGGUUGUUAAGGAUGCAGCAUGAGCUAGAAGUAAGUACAAAGCAGCCAAUAUUUGUUGAUUCAAGUAUUAGUGAUACAAUCCGAACAUGCAUAGUAUUGGGCAAUCAUCGGGCUGCUCUGAAAGUAAAAACAGAAUUUAAGGUAUCGGAGAAACGAUGGUAUUGGCUCAAAGUUUUUGCCUUGGCAACAAUUAGAGAUUGGGAUGCCUUGGAAAAAUUUUCAAAGGAGAAAAGGCCUCCAAUUGGUUUUAGACCAUUUGUGGAGGCAUGCAUCGAUGCUGAUGAAAAAGGUGAGGCGGCGAAGUAUAUAUCAAAGCUGACAGAUGCUCGUGAAAAAGCAGAGGCUUAUGCUCGAAUAGGCAUGGCAAAGGAGGCUGCAGACGCUGCAUCACAGACUAAAGAUGGAGAGUUGCUGGAGCGCCUCAAAAACACUUUACAACAAAAUUCCACAGCAUCAUCAAUUUUUGAUACUCUCAGGGAUCGACUCUCCUUCCCAGGUGUUUCCUAGUCUUAAGAGCUUUUUGACAGGCUGUCUUUUUUGUGGGUAAUCAAAAGGUGAAUAAAACCAAGUCUUUGUAAAAAUUUGUUGUAUAAACAAAUUUCUUGUGAUCUUCCCCUUUAGAGUGGUUUGAGAAAUUUUCAGUUUGUAAUUUGUGUCUAAUUUAUAUUUUCGCUAGUAGUACAUACAGCAACAGUAACUGAUUUUGGAUUGUGUUUGAUAUCCAAAUUCGUAGAUAAGACCCUUGAAGAGUUUGUAACUUUGUAUCAUCCUGAAGUUGUUGCCUUUUUGAAAUGUAACUGAUAAUGGAUUCUUGGAA